AGUCGAUGCAACAGAAUUGGACAAUGACGGCAGCGUGUCAAUGACUCUUGAAUCGAGUGAAUUACCAAAUGAAGAUGAAGUUUAUGUUCAAGAUAACGGAGACGGUACUUUAAACUAUUUUAAUAACAGUGGUAAUAGAGGUACGCGGUUUAAUAAUCAGGGCCACAGAGGUGAGCAGGUUUAUAAUCAGGGUAACAGAGGUGAGCAGGUUUAUACUCUAAAUACUGAAGUGCAGUAUAAUCAAGGUAAUAUAGGAGAUGCAUUUUAUUACCUAAAAGAUGGUAGUAGCGUAAAAUUUAUAGGUGAUUCAGUCUUGAUCAACGACGAGUUAGUUCCAAGAUAUAAAAAAAAGGAUGUAACGAAGAUAGAAUUUGGUGGAGGUUCAGUCAAGAUAAAUGGAAAAAUAAUUGAACAAUUCAAUGGAACACUAGGAGAAGGAAUCAUGUAUUUUUAAAUAUUCAAGAAGCAAUAAAUCCACAAUGAGAAAUAAAAAAUUCAAUGUAACUUAAUUCAAAUAUUACAAACUGAUUAUAUCCUAACUAAAAAUAUGAAAAUAAAAGAAUAAAUUAAAUACCGUAUUCCUUAGUAC